AUGGGAGGAAUAAAGCCAACAAAAUUUCCAAGUACAAAUAAAGAUAUCGAUUUUUUGCAUCAAUAUCAUUUCACCACGAAAUUAGUUUGGUCUUCUAAUUUUUCCUCUCCGAUCGAAAAUAUCUUAAUUGACGGUGCCAAGGUCUUAGAUGUAUCUUGUGGUGCUGGGACUUACCUGUUGGACCUAUCGACCGAGUACAAUUUCUCGGAAUUUGUUGGUGUUGAUAAAAAUCAAUUAUUUCCUACAUCAAUUAAACCUAAUAAUAUCAAUUUCUUUGAUGCUAGUGUAGAGAAGGGUUUGUCUUUCCAAGAUAAUUAUUUUGAUUUCGUUCAUUUAUCUGUCAUCGAACCUCUUUAUAAUGCAAGUCAAUGGAAUUUGGUCAUUGAUGAAAUGUUAAGAGUAACAAAACCUGGUGGAUGGGUGGAAAUACAGGGGUAUGAUUUUGAAGAAAACAAUAUUGGACCAAAUUUUUUAACAUUUAUUCAAGGAUUAUUUUUGCCACAAAAUUACAUAAAAUCAAUCCUUUCCACAAAUACCCGGAUCGAAAUCUUAGAAUCUGAUAUUAGAAAGGUGAAGUUGGGUAAAAAUAGCGACAAAACAGGAUUAUUAUUUGAACAACUUUGUACGGUGUUUUUCUCAGAAGUACUUGGUGAAGUGUUACUUGAUACGAUGAAUUUUGAUAAUGUUGAUGAGUUGAAUCAAGAAUGGAAUGGGACUUUAAAGGAAUUUGACGAAGUUCAAACCAUUGUAGAUGCAUAUAGGAUCUAUGCUAUGAAAAAAAUCUAG